AUGGAUUCUGAUUUCUUGAGAUGCGUUGAGGUGCGGCAAAAUGACGAUCAAAGCAGUUCCUUAUGGACGAAAUCAAAGGUGGAAUCUGGUCGACUAAUUGGUGUCUUAGAUAAGAAAGCAAUCAAUGAUGCGAACGCUCUACUUCUUCUCAGUUUAAUACGACCGAUUCCAAACGCAUCGAAAGAUUGUGUCAAUGUUAUGGUUCGAUUCAUACAACAUAAGGUGUGUAUUCAAACGAGUCGUGAAAUUGAUGAAAACGAACGACUUAUAGCAGACCGCACAAUUUCAAUGGACGAUUAUUGGCGAGAACAUCCUCGACAAGAUGAAAGUACUGCCCACUGCUCGCAACAACAUCAACAACAACAUUCCUAUUCUCAUCAUCACCAUCAACAACAACCUCAACCACACCAGUGCCCACUUUGCCCAAAAAGUUUCUCAUCGGCCAGUGGCCUUAAACAACAUAGUCAUAUACACUGUAGCUCGAAACCGUUUCGUUGUCACAUUUGCAACAAGGCUUAUACACAAUUCUCAAAUCUUUGUCGACAUCGACGCAUUCAUUUGGACGGUUGGCAAUGCGGAUAUUGUAACGCAUCCUUUCCAAGUCAUUCAGCACUUAUAAAACAUCGCACAACUUGCGAAGCGCAAAUGACCGCGUUAAGCGCUUUUUAUAAACCAGUUGCAGCGCAACAAUCUCUGUUAACCGUUCCAGCUCAUUACUGGCCACAACUGCUGCAAUUAGCUUCAUCCUCUGAACAACAAAACAAUCACCAACAGUUGAAUAGUCUCAAUGCGGCCGCCAUUUCGCUAAGCAACAACUUUAAUCAUCAUCCGUUUUCUGCGACGUCUUCCCUUCUUUCGAAUAGCGAUUUCAUUUAUCGGUAUGUUACGGGGGGAGCGUCUGAUGGCGAAAGUUCACCCAGAAGCAGUGGACACGUUUCUGAGCUGUCUCCAUCCGAACGUAAAUUGAUCAGUCCAGUCGAGUCGAAUGGUUUGGGUUUGGGUGGUGAAGACGACGAUGGAAGUUGCUCAAUGGAGGAGCUAGAGCUCAGCCCGUUGGAUUUAUCGAUGAAGACAAAAGAAGAAAUAAUUGUGGAUGAUGAUUUGGAUGUCGAUGAAGGUGUGGGUGGUGCUAUGGAUGAGAACGAUAGCUUGAGUCAUCAGGAUGCGAAUGUGAAUGAUAAUGAUAAUGGAUCAACUGAAGAGGUGAUGAACGAGAAGAGUGCGGCUGAUAACGAUAGACAAACUGAGGUUGAGGUUCAAGUUGAGGUUGAAGAAGAUGGAGAAGACGACGAGCAUGCUGAUGAUACUGAUGACGUUGAUGAUAUCCUCGACGAGGAUGAUGAUGAACACCAAAUUCAAAUCACAACGAGCAAAAUGAAUGCGUGCAGGAACGAUCGCAAUAGAUCACGCUCUACGUCUGAAACUGCAAUUAGCUCAGCUACUUCGGCUGCUGCUACUGUCAAUAGUGAUGUUCGCAGUAGUGCCCUUAUCACCAGCACAGAAAAUGAAUUUAGUUCAGGGCGAUUAGGCGUGCUUAACUGUGGUGGUCACAGUCACAAUCAUCCGAAUAAAGUUGCUUUAACGCCAUCCAUAAAUCCCUUCUCAUCAAAUGCUUUUAUGCAAAUGUUACGACGACCAUUUUCUUAUCCAGCAGCAAUUCUGCAAACUGCUGCAGCUGCAGCUCAUCUGGCACCAUUUCAAGCGUCUCAAGCACCAACGAUCACAACGACUCAUCAACAACCUCCUUCCAGUCAUCAUCAUAUCCAUCAACAAACCACAACUUCACUACACAAUAACCACCAGCAUCAAAUCACCAAUAAUCAUAAUCACCAUGUGACCACAAACGCUUCAGCGAAUAAUCUACAGUUAUCAAAAAACAAUCGAGAUCGUUACACCUGCAAAUUUUGUGCGAAAGUUUUUCCGCGAUCCGCAAAUCUCACCAGACAUCUUAGAACGCAUACCGGCGAACAGCCAUACAAGGUUUUUGUUAACAUCAUUACCAUUAUCACUAUUAUUACUAUCAAUAGCGCUCUUAUUAGUAUCGUCAUUAUUGUAACUGUUACUACUAUUAUCGGUAAUAUUAAUAUUUUGAAGUAUUUCUGCGUCAGACUGUGA